GUAUUAUAAUCUUGGUGCUUUCUCCUGAAGCAACUCGUCUGGCAAAGCGCGGCGACGAGGAAUUGCUGGCCCACUUGCGAAGGGCAAAGUCAGUCUUGUGCUACCGUAUGACACCGUCAGAAAAGGCUGAGAUGGUGAAGUGUGUCAAGACACAUCUGAAGGGAAGAGUGCUCACAAUCGGAGAUGGCGCCAAUGAUGUGCCGAUGAUACAAGCAGCCCACGUGGGCAUUGGAAUAGUCGGCAAGGAGGGCAUGC